AUGCAACUCACUGUAAACAGCAGUUUAAAUAUGGACUUGCUGAUGUAUACUGUUUCAAUACAUGUGCCAGUGGUGCAGGUAUUGGUGGGGAUUUUCCUGUUUGUGAACUGCCUGAUGAUAUUCACCUUUCUGAAAAAGGAGGUGUUCAGGGAGGACACUCGCUACAUUUUGUUUGCACAAACCCUGUUUGUUGACUCUGCUUUCAUGAUUGUAAACAAUAUCCUGUUUGUCUGCUAUAGUUAUCAGUACCGCGUCCACAUGAUUCCUUGUAUUAUCCUCUGUUUGGCAAUGGCUUUUCUUUACAUUUGUACUCCACUGACUCUUGUGGCAAUGUGUCUGGAGCGCUAUGUUGCUAUAUGCAUGCCUUUAAGACAUGCUGACAUCUCUACCAGCAGGACUAGAUGUUUUGGAUUUCUUAUCAUAUGGGGUAUCAGCUCCAUACCCGCAUUGUUCACUUUUAUAGCUUAUCUCUCAACGGUCCGUUCUGGUGCUCUGUUCUCCUAUGCUUUCUGUAGUGCAGAGGUAAUGUUGGGGGAAGAGUGGCUGGCACAAACACGUGCUUUAAUUUUCCAGAUCCUUUUCUUCUGUAUGAUCAUUGUUGUUUUGUUCACUUACAUCAAGAUAAUGAUUGCAGCCAGAGCUGCCUCCUCGGACAAUAAGAAAUCAACCAACAAGAGUCUCAGAACUGUGCUCCUUCACACCUUUCAGCUGUUUCUGUGUAUAGUUCAGAGUAUAAUACCAUAUAUCGAAAUGGCAUUUUAUAAGGGUGAUAUUAUGGUGUUUAUUAAUUUAAGAUAUUCUAAUUUUGUUGUUUUUAUGAUUGCACCACGUUGCCUCAGUCCAUUGAUUUAUGGUCUCAGAGAUGAGAAAUUUUUCAUUGUUUUAAGACAUUAUGCCUGCUGCGGUUUUCAUAGUGUUUCCCAAACUUUGCCCAUUCAAAGCAAAAUAAGACCUAACUAA